AUGAAGUCGCAAUCAGCCCUCACGCGUCGAGUAUUUCGAGCUAUUCUCGCGAAUCGGCCAUACCACUCCGCAAGCUGCCCACUACGGUGUACAUCCGCUGCACUCCCUCACAAUGCUCCGCCUCGAUCACAGCACGCACGACGACAACAACGAAGGUCCUUCUUCGGAGUCGCCAUCGGUGGAUUCAAGCCUGAUCUGGCUGCGGCGAAGUCCACCACAGACAAUAUCGAGACAGCACUAGAAAGAUUAUCAGAAUUUGUAGAGGCGACCAGAGCGAAUACAAGACCGCCGCAGGAAGAGAAACUGGUCGAGGCGAUCCGUUUCUUCGUCAAGACUCGCUUGAAGGCGGAGCGGGGAUUGAAGCGCAAUGAGGUUUUUCUGGUCGCGCAGUCACUCAAUCACUUGAUACAGGAGAAAUGGGUGUCAGACGAUGACACUCCGAAAACACUGGGUGCGGCUGACCUGCUCGAUGUAUUGCGUGCACUGUCGCUGCCAGUGUCUGGAGAAGGCAUUCAUCGAAGCGACAUACAAGAGCUCGCGAGAGCUGUGCGGGACGAACUCAAGCAUCACGACGUCGCGGCUGAGGACGCUGAGAUGUUGUUUGCCAGCGCGUUGGCAAGCUCUGGUGCUGCGGAAGAGGCUUGGUCAGUAAUGCGGACGCUCAGUGUAGCGGAGUACGAUGACGAUGCUUGGACAAGCUUAUGGAUCGGCCUUGCAGCGGAGGGCAAGCAGAAACUGAUGUUGGAACAUACGGACAUUCAUGAUUUCGACCAUACCGGCACAGUCUCCUCGAGCGUGCUACGCUACCUGUGCAAGAAUGGAGACCUACAAUCAGCAAAAGAGCUGCUGCAGCUUGCUCGUGACGUUGGCGGUCUCCGAAUCGAGGGCACUGCCCUGUCGACUUUUUUGCAAUACUGCGUGGAUGCUAAGCAACCGCUUCCAGAUAAGGAGCUAAACAAGUCGGAAGUGACCCAACCUGGCGCAUCAGGAGCAUUUCUCAGCUGGCGGGCGGCACGAGGCGCAAGUACGCAAGAGCUUGCAGAGUUGAUGCAGGAAAUGCUUCAAAAUGGUGCGGAGAUUGACAUGAGUGACAUGAAUCAGUUGGUCAAGUACGCCUACAUUAGGAAAGAUACUGCUCUGGCAGCCUCAUACAUCCAGUUGGCGCAGGAAGCAGGAGCUGUGCCUGACGCAGAGACCUACGCCUUGAAGCUGGACUACGACGUCUCUGCUGGAGAUCUUAAUGCGGCAAGGGAGGCAUUCGAGGGCAUGUGUAUCCAGGACAUGUCGACGACUCGUUCUGAUGUACCGGCCCUGAACCGGUACAUCAGGAUGCUCGCGGCGCAGGACGCAGACUACCAGCUCAUCAUGCGUGUUGUUGCUCAGAUCGCAGCCGUGCUCAAGGAAUACAUCGUCAACCCAGCUGUCAAAGACCAGAACGCAUUCAAUGCUUACGAGAUGUUUCGGGGUGCCUUCCCCGAAACACCACGUUCGGAGCGCCUGCUCAUCAUGGACUCCUUCUUCGAACGCAAACGCUCUGACCUGGCCUGUCUCGUCUUCGCACACAUGCGCAUGCGUCAGGACGAUGUGCGGCCCGAUGACGAAGCAUACGCGCAGUGUUUCUACGGCAUUGCCAAAUGUCGUGAUGUCGAUGGCUUGCAACAGGUCUACAAUAUGCUGAAGCUUGAUGUGCGCGUCCAGCAGACCACUAAAGUCCACAACGCCAUGAUGGCAGCUUAUGUCCCCUGCCAAACGCCCUUCUCGGCAAUCAUCGACCACUACUGGAAGAUCCUCGAUUCGCGCGAGGGCCCCACGCUAAGCACCUUCAAACUCGCCCUACGCGCCUGCGAGGCGUGGGUCGGCGCCGGUGGCGAGGAAGCACGACGGAUCAUGGCGCUCAUGCAGAAAUGGGACCUUAUCAUUACGAAAGACCUGUAUGAGUGCUAUAUUGGUGCGCUUGCCGGUCAGAGCCAAUUCGAAAACGUGAUCGAGCUGAUCGAGUGCAUGGAGGAGGAUAUCGGUGUGCCGCCUGACGCGACUACCAUAGGGACGUUCUACAAUACGAUUCCGUGGCAGUACCGAAAGGACGAGGUGGAGGCGUGGGCGCGGAAGAGGUAUCCGGAGCUGUGGGAAGAUUUGGAGGCGAUGGGAGACUGGAUUGAUGAGGAGUGGGAGGUGAGGUAUUUCAAUAUCAAUCGGGAUAUCGAGGUGGAUGAUGAGUUGUUGUUUGGGAGGGGCGAGUAUGAUCCUAGGCUGGCGGAGAGCGUGAAGAUGAUGAGGAUUGCGGAGCCGGUUGUGGUGAAGCAGACGGGUAUGGACUGA